AUGGAGCCAAGGAAUGAUACACAAAUUUCAGAAUUUCUUCUUCUCGGGUUAUCAAAGGAGCCAGAAUUGCAGCCCCUCCUAUUUGUGCUUUUCCUCUCCAUGUACAUGAUCACUGUGUUUGGAAAUCUGCUCAUCAUCCUGGCUGUCAGCCUACACUCUCACCUCCACACACCCAUGUACUUCUUCCUCUCCAACCUGUCCUUGGUAGACAUCUGCUUCACCUCCACCACAGUUCCUAAGAUGCUACAGAACAUCAGGACACAGAGCAAAGUCAUUACCUAUGAUGGUUGUAUCACCCAGAUAUACUUCUUCCUGCUCUUUGCUGGAUUAGACAACUCUCUCCUGGCUGUGAUGGCCUAUGACCGCUUUGUGGCCAUCUGCCACCCCUUGCAGUACAUGAUCAUCAUGAAGCCCUGGAACUGUGGACUGCUGGUUUUGCUAUCCUGGAUCAUGAAUAUCCUGAAUUCCUUGUUACAAAGCUUAAUGGUGUUGUGGCUGUCAUUCUGCACAAACUUGGAAAUUCCUCACUUUUUUUGUGAAAUCAAACAGGUGGUCCAACUUGCUUGUUCUGACACCUUUAUUAAUGACCUGGUGAUGUAUUUUGCAGCUGGGUUGCUGGGUGGUGUCUCCCUUUCUGGUAUCCUUUACUCAUAUUUUAAGAUUGUUUCCUCCAUAUAUGGAAUCUCUUCAACUAAAGGGAAGUAUAAAGCAUUUUCCACCUGUGCCUCUCACCUCUCAGUUGUCUCCUUAUUCUACUGUACGGUCCUAGGAGUGUACUUUAGUUCUGCCGCUACAUACAACUCACACUCAAGUGCAAUAGCUUCAGUGAUGUACACUGUGGUCACGCCCAUGCUGAACCCCUUCAUCUAUAGUCUGAGGAACAAAGACAUAAAGAGGGCCUUGGAAAGAUUCCUUGGAUAA